AUGUCACAGUUAAGUGAAGCAGCUUCUUUCAAGAAUGCAGAAGACAUUAUUGCCGAUACAAAGAAUAAAGACAAUGAUAACGAAGAUGAAUCUAAUCGCGAAGAAAACAAGGAUUUAUUUUCAAACAAAUUGAGUGAUUAUGGUGGAGGAUAUGGAGGUGGUUAUGGAGGAUACGGUGGCGGAUAUGGUUACGGCAAAAAAGAGAUAAAUGAAAAAGCAGAUAAAAGUGAAAGUGGAUAUGGCGGAUAUGGUUACGGAAAAAGAGAAACCGAAGAAGAUGGGGGAUACGGGGGCGGAUACGGAGGUGGAUACAGCGGAGGAUAUGGUUACGGAAAAAAAGAGAUAAAUGAAGUAGCUGACCCUAGAGGACGUGGUAGCAGAAGUGGUGGAGGAGGAGGUGGUGGUGGCGGUGGAGGUAGCAGAAGUGGUGGAGGAGGGGGUGGUGGCGGUGGCGGUAGCAGAAGUGGUGGAGGAGGCGGUGGUGGUGGUGGUGGUGGUAGCAGAAGUAGAGGCAGAGUUGAAAAAUCAUUAUUUUAUGAAGAAGAAGUUGUUGUUGAUAGUGUAAAUAAAGAAUCUACUCCAAUUGUAAAUAUUUUAAUUAAUAAUGACACUGUGAUUCACUGUCUGACUGACGCUUCUGAUAAUAUUGUAAAUAUUCCAGCACCACAUUCAAAAAUACGACAAAUUGAUGUAGUUGAAUCUUGUACUCUACUGUCUGGAUAUAGAUAUAAAAGUGUUAUUUGUUAUUUUUAA